UCCGUGAAGGCAGCAAUUCUUCCAUUUUGCCUUUAACUUGCGCCUGCGCAGUCCUGCGUGUCUGACCUUCAUAGGAGUAACCAUGUUCGCCAGGACCAGCGCGUUGGUGUUCGCCCCACAAUGUGGGCAGGUCAGGAACAUGGCAACCUUGAAGGACAUCACCAUCCGGUUGAAGUCCAUCAAGAACAUCCAGAAAAUUACCAAGUCCAUGAAAAUGGUGGCCGCUGCCAAGUAUGCUCGUGCUGAGAGGCAGCUGAAGCCAGCCAGAGUCUAUGGCACCGGUGCUCUCGCCUUGUACGAGAAGGCCGAGAUCAAAGCCCCGGAGGAGAAGGCCGGCAAGCAUCUGAUCAUCGGCGUGACCUCUGAUCGUGGUCUCUGUGGCGCCAUCCACUCCGGUGUGGCCAAGACCAUCAAGAGCAGGAUCGCCAGCCUGACCGAUGCUGGCAAGGAGGUCAUGGUGGUCAACGUGGGAGACAAGCUGAGAGGCCUGCUGCACAGAACUCAUGGAAAGCACAUCAUGCUGAACUGUAAGGAGGUCGGCCGUAAGCCGCCAAACUUCGGUGACGCUUCGAUCGUCGCCACUGAGCUCCUCAACUCUGGAUAUGAGUUUGACCAAGGCUCUGUCAUCUUCAACAGAUUCAGGUCUGUUAUCUCAUACAAGACGGACCAGAAGCCUUUGUUUUCCAUUGAGACAGUCGCUAAUGCAGAGAGCAUGGGCAUCUACGAUGACAUCGAUGCCGACGUGCUGAGGAACUACCAGGAGUUUGCUCUGGUCAACAUCCUCUACUUCGCCAUGAAGGAGUCCACCACCAGUGAGCAGAGUGCCAGGAUGACCGCUAUGGACAGCGCCAGCAAGAACGCCUCUGAGAUGAUUGACAAGCUGACCCUCACCUUCAACCGUACCAGACAGGCCGUCAUCACCAAGGAGCUCAUUGAGAUCAUCUCUGGAGCUGCUGCGCUAUAAACGAGCCAGGUCUUCGUUUCCAUUAACUUUAGCUCUUCGAAACCUCAGGAGCGUCGUGUCCAGAGUCUACGAACAUUUGUGCUUCUAUUUGUAUAAAUAUAUGGAGAAAAUAAACAGUCAGAUUCCUCUUCUUUCAUCAGCUCCUGUAUGUUUUAUUCCCUGACAAUAAAUGCUAAUGAAAAUGAAUGUUGGCACUUCACUUUUAAUCCAAAUGUUUAACUUGAACGCUUUGACUCAUGAGUCGGUAAUGACAGUGUCUCUGUUCAGACGAUAUUAAAGUUCACGUGUGUUGUACUGUGGCGUUCACAUACAGAGGACGGACAAAAAACAAAGUAGAAACACAAUUGUUCCUUCAAUAAAUGCUACAUAUGUGAA